CCCCCCCCCCCCCCCCCUCAUUGCCUCCGAGCCCGCCUCAUCUCUCCCCGAGCACCCUAGAUUGCUCUUCACCCGUCGCCAGGAAACCCUAAUUCGUGUCGUUCUCGUUGGAUCCUUGUACUCGCCGAUUCGGGACGACCAGGGUGAUGGUGGGAGGCAGGGUUGAUCGCCCAGAGGAUCUCAUCGUAUCCAAGCCGGCCGAGGAGCCCUGGGCGGCGAAAGAUGACAUAUCUGGAGGAAACAGUGAGAGGAAGGUGCUUUUGGGGUUUGUGGAAGAUUCAAAAGAUCAAAUAACUGCUGAUAAUAAAAUACCUUUGUCUCCUCAGUGGCUCUAUGCAAAACCUAGUGAAAGCAAGCCUGACCUUUCCGCCGCAUCAGGGGAUGUGGGUUCACCAAGUUCCUUGCCCCAUGGGACUCCUGAUUCUAUUCAGAAAGACAUUUGGCGCCUAGAUGGAUCUUUGGAGAAGAAAGAAUGGAGAAGAAAUGUGCUUGAUGUUGAAAAUAGUCGUCAUUGGCAUGAAGAGGAGAGGGAAGCUGGUCCACUUAGCAGGAGAGAGCGCAGAAAGGAAGGGGACCGAGAAAAUGAAUACCGUAAAAAUGGUCGCCGGUCUGAUAAUGUUUCCAUGAGAGAAAUUACUGACUCGAGGUCAUCAGAUCGGUGGCAUGAUGUUAGUAGUCAUAACCUUCGACAUGAAAGUCGGCGAGACAGCAAAUGGUCUUCUCGGUGGGGUCCAGAGGACAAGGAAAAGGAUGCCUGGACUGAUAAAAAGCUGGACGUAGAUAAGGAGGAUGCUCCUAAGGAGAAACAGUCUUUUGCUGCCAGCAAUCGUCUGGCAUCUGAACCUGAAUUCUGUGAUAAAUGGAGGUCACGCCAUCGUCAGGAAGUUAUUUCUAGUCGGUCAUCAGUGUAUCGUGCUGCUCCAGGAUUUGGACUAGAGAGAGGGCGAGGGGAUGGCACAAAUGUUGGGUUUGCCCUUGGAAGGGGUAGGUCAAAUGCCAUUGGAAAUUUAGCAGUCAGCAGGCCUCCUUCUACCAGCCUAAUUGGUGCUGCUGUGCUUGGAAAAUGUGGUUUAUCUGCUGAGGAAUUUCGCUAUCCAAGGGGAAAGCUUCUUGACAUUUAUAGGAAGCACAAGAUAAUUUCAUCUUUUGACAUCACCCCUGAUGGCUUUGAGGAAGUUCCUCCAAUAGUACACUCCAGUUCUAUAGAACCAUUGGCCUUUGUCUCACCUGACAUGGAUGAAGAGGCUAUUCUGGAAGACAUUUGGAAAGGGAAGGUUACCAGUAGUGAAGUAUUCAAUAAUCCCUGUAGGGAUAGGAUGAAAAGAGUCAAUGACAACGCAACAGCCUGUCCAGAUGCUGGGGAUGUUAGCAUGGCCAAGAAGGAAUGCAUGCUCUCUAAGAUUUCUGCUGAAGAGGUAUCAGACACCUAUUCUGCCGGUUAUGGUGCUUCUCAUAGAAAAGUUGAAGAUCUGUUGAAUGAUGGAGCAUCUAUUCUUGGAGAAUGUAAAGCUAAGGUCGAUGCUUUGACUGAUGGUGCUAGCAUUGAUGGUAUGACUCCAACAGUCCCCAAGGAUGAUGCACAUAAUGCUGUUGGAGUUCCAGGAAGUAAUCAUGUUGGCUUUGAGUUGGAGGUUGCUGAAAUAGAUGUGCUAAAUGCUGAUAACAAUUGGGAUAAUUAUGCAUAUCUGAAGAAUGCUACUGAGGACAUGAACUCAACUGCUUCUUUUGAUGUUACUGCUAAGCUACCUGAUGAUUCAAAUUCUUUGUUUGAAAUGUCAUUUAUCUCAGAGUUUUCAAAUACAAAUGGGCCAUGUCAAAUAAGUUAUGGUGAAGCAAAAAUAUCAGAACAGGUUGUUCCUCCUGAGGAGCUGAAUUUGAUAUAUAAAGAUCCACAAGGACAGAUGCAAGGCCCAUUUUCAGGUGCUGACAUUAUCAGAUGGUUUGAUGAGGGUUUUUAUGGUACGGAUUUACCUGUGUGCUUGUCAGAUGCUCCAGAAGGCACACAUUUCCAGCAACUUGGUGAGGUAAUGCCACACUUGAAGUAUAGGUGUCGGUCAAUCACUGCAGUUGAACCUAUUGAUCCAUCAGAAGCUUCAGCUAGUACUUCUGCCACUGAUUUUGCUGGUUCAGUUUCCAUAAAUGACCAACGAUUGACACAAUCGGAAUUUGAGAAUCGUCAAAUUCAGCCAAGUAUUUCUAAAUGUGAAGACCUCGUGGAUUCUAAUUAUGGAAGUUUGCCUCAUGCACUCUCAGAGACUUCAGGAGGCAUUAUGAGGGCUGAAGCGCAGAAGUUAAAUGAACUUGCGGUUCAAGAUGCUGAAGAAGUUUUGGGUAUUGGAAGGGCUGUAAGUAGCAUUGAGAAUCCUCUAGACAAGAUUGCUAAUAAACUCGAUCUGUUAAAUACUCCCUAUGGAAACCAUUUUCUAGCAACCAAAACUGGAGAAGUUGAGUUGACUAAUCAUAAUUUUCCAAAAAGUAAUGAUUUGAACCCUCUUGGAUUGUCAUUCUCUAUGCUUGAAGGAACUUAUCCGAAGCCUUCCCUAUCAUUGGAUAUAUCCAACACUGGGAACCAGAGCUGCCAGUCCAGUUCUUCAGUGGUUGGUGAUGCCUCUUUUUCCAGCCGCAAACAGGAACCAUUCAGUUUAACAUCGAAUUCCCUUGUUGUUCGUGAUUCGUGGUCUAAUAACCAUAGAAUAAAUGCCAGUGGAAUUGUAUCUCCGGAUGAUUCUCAUUACUUGUCUCCCUUGGAAACAGACUCUAACCAAUUGAGUCUAGAAGAGCAGCUACUGUGUCAACAGCUGCAAAAACAGCAGCUUCAACAGCAGCAUUCACUAUUUCCUCAUCAAACUAUGCAUCUGAACGGACACUUUUUUGAGCAGUCAGAAGGUUCUGUUCGCCAUCAACGCUCUAUAAGUCAAUCUUUGCCAGAACUGCAGCAUCGUAUAAAAUGUCAGUUUGAACAGCAGCGACAUUUUGAGCAGUUGCAGCAGCCACAACAGGAGCUUCAACAUCGCCAGAUGCAGUUGCUACAGCAGCAUCAACAACAGCAGCAGCGACAACUAGAACAGCAGUUACUUCUUGAGCAAUUGCAGCAUCAACAGUUUUGUGAAACUGGUUUUGGAACAUCACAUGCAGAUCCUCUCUGGCAAAAUAAUGUGCUUGAUGAGUUCUUGGUUAGGCAACGCCUGUUGCAUGAAUUGCAGGAACAUUCACAACAUGGUCUACAACAGCAUGAUUCAUCACUAGAGCAGCUUAAUCAAGCAGGACACAACCUCCAUCAUGGACAUCACAAUGGUCUGUUGGAUGUCCCAUCUCAUGCCACACGUAGGCAGAUGCUUGCUUUAGAAAAACAACUUUUAGAUCUUCAGCAGGAGCAGUUGCUUGCACGGCAGUUUUCCAUGUUAUCAGGGCAGCUGCCAGGCAUAGAAGAAGGAAGACAUUUGGGGGAGGCAUGGUCAGUUGAUGAAUCUGGUCGGUUUAUCAGGACAGCUUGUUGUCCACCCCAGACUCAGACUGCUGGACUUGGCCAAUUAGAUCUUCUUCAAAUUCAUCAGAGGCCUUCAUAUUAUGAGCAACCAAGUCACCCUGAACAUGACUUGGUGUUGCAUGAGCGAAUGCAGCGAGGGAUUUAUGACUCUAAUUCACACCCUUUUGAGAGGUCAAUCCCUUUGUCUGCAGUUAAUCCUGGGUCAAAUGGUGACCUUGUGAACAUUAUGGCACAGCUUCAACAGCAGGAAGUACAGCAACUACAAGGUCAGAUGUAUUCUUCAGGCCAAAUUGGCCAGUUACAUACUGGUGUGCAUCCCCUUCGACGUCAGAUUGCUAACCAGUUCUCUGCUUCACAUUUAGAUGCAACUGAGGGUUGCAGAUCUGAGUCCAAUGCUCAGCUACAGAAUAUCUUGAUAGAAUCACAAUUCAGUCGGUUGCAUCUAGAAGCAGAGCAGCAGAAGAAAGAUAUGAAUGCGAAUUUCUCUUUCAAGGAUGCAAGUGCAUGGUCAUUACUUGCAAGGGAAGAUGAAAACUUGAGGCAUUCAUUAGCCAGCAUGCUCCAUCAAAGCCAAACCCGUCAAUGCCCUCAAUCUGUAGGAAUGGUUGAUGACCCUCCUACAUUUCCUAAUGAAAUUAAAGAACCAUCUUGGCUUCUUUCUAGGUCUGCAAUGGAUAAUUCAUAUAAUUUCCCUGCAGAUAAUGUGGGCAUGGAGGAUUUUUAUCCAGAAGGUACUCACCUAUCUCAUGUAGGAAAGAACUUGAAGGACCAAAUGGUGAAUGCUGGAAUGAAAGAUCAUGUCAAUGGCACCAAUAUUAGUGGAAAACUGGCUUUCCCAUUAAGCCAUGAAACAUUGGAUGAACUCGAACUUCAGGACAUGGAUCUGCUUGAAAAAAUUCUUCGUGCAAAUUCUUUAGAUGGAAAUGAGACUGUGGACCUGGCAAAGCAGUGUGGAAGCGAUUCUGCUAUUAAGAUGAUGAGUCAGUCUGUUUUAGAUAUAGACACCCUGGAAAGUCGCAUAGAUCGGGCUGGAAACUCUGUUGUGGAUCAUGGAGAGCUGAAACUCACUGCAUCUAUCAGAAAUUCUUCAUUUGGAAGCACUGGUGGAAGUAUGGAAACCUACAACUAUCAGCUGGGAGUUGACAAUGCUUACAAUGAAUCAGUGGCUAAUGACAGGAUGUCUACCAUCCAUCUAAAAGGGGCUGAUGGCUCAUCAUUGAACCAUGUUUAUGGCUCGCACAUUGUAUCAUCCCAGGGAGUGCUAUCCGACCUUGCUUCUGCUCUCCCACCCAGAAGGAAGAGUCCUGCCAUAUUGGCAUCUUCUGAAGGAGGAAGAGGCGAACCUGGGGGAAGUGCCAAGGUUAUGGAGGCAAGAGCUUCUGAUAAGAGAGACAUGAGAUUUCUCAGGACAUCUUCAUGUGGCAAUGCAGAAGUGCCAGAAGCUUCAUUCGUUGAUGUGCUGAAGAAGCCUGCUUCAUCAGAAGCUGUUGCUGCUUCAGGAGCACCAGGAUCUGCCGAUGCUGGUCCAGGCAGGAGUGGCAAGAAGAAAGGUAAGAAGGGAAGGCAUAUUGAUCCUUCUCUUCUUGGCUUUAAGGUUCAUAGCAACCGCAUCAUGAUGGGCGAGAUCCAACGCCUCGGUGAUUAAGUAUCUUUAUGUAUAUUCUACACUCUACAUCUCAUGCAGGUUCGUUCGGAUUUUUUUUUAGUUUUUUUCUGGAUUUUAUUUUACAUAGAGAAUGCCAUUUCUUCUCCUCAUUCUCAACUGUAAAUCAGGGGUUCAAUUUUGGAGAUUGGUAGAACCCUUUGUGAGCGAUCAGAUGUCGGUGUUAGAGAGUAUAUCUCUGUACAGGAUACUAUCAUAACAAAAGUUGGUUCUUUCAUUGUUAUCA